CUCAAACGAAUCUAAGGAUUCGAAAUGCUAGAGUGAAAAAAAGUGCGAUAAACUCUUUCGGACAAAAGGCUAAAGUGUAAACAGUGCGUUAAACACUGAACAGUCUUUGGGGAAGUGUCAUUGAACAUUUUUUUAGAUUUUCCAAUUGUUCAUGUAAUAUUUACGUGAACAGAUGAACUAUAUUACCAAAAAAACAAAUUAAAAGUGAUUUACACUUUCUUUCUGACAAACAUUUCUAUCAAGCACUUACAUACGCAAUUAAGUACAAAAUGAUUGAACUAAUUCAUGGACAUUGGCUUCCUUUGGCUUCCCAAGGCAACAUUUAUUCAUUGGCAACUUUGGAUUCAUUUAGAGGAUCAAGCAAAGUAUUGGUUGCAUCGUUGAAACGAACAAUUUACUCCUUUGAGUAUCAGCAGCACUCUAAAUCGAGAUUAAAUCCUCUAGUCAAAGAACUUCUUUUCACUUACAUACCAAAUGGAGCAGAAAUCAUCGCCAUAGAUGCCUUCAACAAAUCAAACACUGGUGAUGAAUUUGUCAUAGGAAUAACUAUAAUGAAGCCUACUGGUGAAACCUCGAUGGAAAGAUACUUGAACAUUUACACGGAAGGGGCAGGUGAAGGUGAAGAAAAUAAUUCAUUAGAAACCAUAGCACAAAACUGUUUGAUGGUUGAAUUAUCAUACACUCCUUAUUUGCUGUAUCAUACUGUUAUUCCACAAUCAACCAACAACGAGAUUGUUUGGCUUAUAUCUGGAAAUGAUAAUAAAAUUCACCUUAUAAAAGAGGAUAAGCAAAAUCACAGCUACACAGAAUCACAAUUAGAAAAAUAUUUUCCUGAGCUUCAUGAAUUAAAAACGAUUGCCCUGUGGAUAGAUAUUUAUUACUUUGACGAUUUCAAAUGGAGACUGACCGCAAUUUCUUGUGAGUGUGGUUUAUUCAAAUUGGCAAAAGUAGAUGUUCUAAAAUUAAAAGUUGCUCAAACUUGGCUCUUGAGGUAUGACAAUCCUAUUGGCAACAUAAGAAUUUUCCCACACAGAAAUGAUAUAAAAAAACCUCCAUAUUUUAAGACUGAAAAUCAUUCAACUGAUGGAUUCAAACUUAACAUUCUUUUGAAUUCUGGAAAUACAGCAGCUAUAUUUCAAGAUAUUUUAAACCAAGAAAUGAAUUCCGACAUAACACUUAAUUUAAAAGAAUCAACAUCAGACUGUAUUUUAUGUUCAUGUGUAGCAGAUAUAAAUAUGGAUGGUAAAAACGAAAUUUUAUUAGGAACAUACAAACAUGAAGUUUUAAUUUUUGCUUCUUCAAAUAACACUUGGAACAUGAUAGACAAAAAAUCAUUUGAUGCUCCAGUUUAUUCUAUUAGUUACUUAGAUUUAGCUGGUGAUGGAGUAAAAGUUCUCGUGGUGCUUACACAACGUAGUGUUCAUAUUAUGCAGCACAAGCUACAAGAAGUUGAAAAAAAAUGGCAAGACAGGUUUUCAAAACUAGCAUCUUUAUUAAGUGACAGCAGCUAA